AAGCACUGCAUCCUUGGGUUGUGAGACUCCCAACCUUCGAGCUCCAUACUCGAUCUUCAACUCGGUGAGCACAGGAGAAGAAAGCACACUUGUUUACACUCACUGAACUGCUCCUAUCCCAGGACGCAGUUCCAUUUAUAUGGAUCUUUGAUUCGGACGCAGUUGCUCUGGAUCUGCCAUGGCGAACUUCCUAGCUCAGUUCCAGACAAUCAAGAAUACCUCCGAUCGCCUUGUCAUUGCAGUGGAAGAUGUGAGUGACUUGUGGCCCACUGUCAAGACUGCAUUUGAGGAGCGAUUGCCAUUUAAAAGGGCUAGUCUAAAUAACAAGACAGGCAAUCCUGUUGUUGUUGAGACCUUGCCAGCUGAGUUCAUAUUAACAACAGACUCAAGACUUCGAAGCCGAUUCCCUCAGGAGCAGUUAUUAUUUUGGUUCCGAGAGCCAUAUGCAAAUCUUGUACUUGUUACGUGUGAGGAUCUUGAUGAGUUCAAAACCAUUCUUAAGCCACGCCUGAAAUUGAUUGUUCAAAAUGAUGAUAAGGAAUGGUUUAUCGUAUUUGUGUCUAAAGCACAUCCAAGUAAUGAUCAAGCAAGCAAAAUGGCAAAGAAAGUAUAUGCUAGAGUUGAAGCUGAUUUUAAUUCCAAAAAGAGGGAAAGAUGCUGCAAAUAUGAUAUGCAUUGUCCUGAAGCAAAUUUUUGGGAAGAUCUGGAAUCAAAGAUUACAGAAUGCAUCAGAAAUACACUAGAUAGGCGUGUACAGUUUUAUGAUGAUGAGAUACGGAAGCUCAGUGAACAGCGUCUUAUGCCAGUGUGGAACUUCUGUAAUUUUUUCAUUUUAAAGGAAAGCUUAGCUUUUAUGUUUGAAAUGGCUCACCUUCAUGAAGAUGCCUUGCGGGAAUAUGAUGAGCUAGAACUUUGCUAUCUAGAGACAGUCAACACUGGGAAGCAAAGGGACUUUGGAGGAGUAGACCAAGGUGAUGAUCAGGCAGCAUUGAUUAAUCCAGGAAACAAAGCAUUGACACAGAUUGUUCAAGAUGAUUCAUUUAGGGAAUUUGAAUUUAGACAAUAUCUGUUCGCCUGUCAGUCACAGCUCUUAUUUAAGCUGAACCGCCCUGUUGAGGUUGCAUCACGUGGAUAUUUAUUCAUAAUAAGUUUCUCAAAAUCCCUGGCAUUGCAUGAGACUGUCCUACCCUUUUGCAUGCGGGAAAUUUGGGUGAUAACGGCUUGCUUGUCUUUAAUUGAUGCUACCAUAUCUCACUAUAAGGAUGGACUUGUAGCACCUGAUGUUGAAAAGGAGUUCUAUCGUCUUCUUGGAGAUCUCUAUUCACUAGCCAGAGUUAAGUUCAUGAGGCUUGCCUAUUUAGUUGGUUAUGGAAGUGAUAUAGAAAGAAGUCCUGUCAAUAGUGCAUCCCUCAGCUUGCUACCUUGGCCUAAGCCAGCAGUUUGGCCUUUGCUUCCUACUGAUGCAUCAUCUGAGGUGCUUGAGAAAGAAAAGUUGAUUCUUCAAACAACUCCUAGAGCUAAGCAUUUUGGGAUCCAGAGGAAACCCUUGCCUCUUGAGCCUACUGUGCUUCUGCGAGAGGCUAACAGGCGUAGGGCUUCUCUUUCAGCUGGAAAUAUGUUUGAAAUGUUUGAUGGUCGCCCGGGUACAACUGAUGGAUCAGGUUUGGAUGCAUCCACAAGGAUGUCAUCACCACAAAAAGUACGAGCAGGCUCCAUGUCACGCACUAAUUCUUCACCUGCAAACUUUGAUGGCUCAGUUGACCGGCCUAUGAGACUUGCUGAGAUUUAUAUUGCUUCUGAGCAUGCUCUGAAGCAAACUAUAUCCAAUUCCGAAUUAUUGAAAUCACUAUCAUCUCUGGAAGAGUUUGAGCAAAAAUAUUUGGAGCUAACUAAAGGUGCAGCUAAUAAUUAUCAUCGCUCCUGUUGGAAUAGACAUGGAGUGGUCCUUGAUGGCGAGAUAGCAGCUGUCUCCUUCAAGCAUGGCCAUUUUGAUCAAGCUGCAAAGUCAUAUGAAAAGGUGUGCGCUCUUUAUUCUGGCGAAGGAUGGCAGGAUUUGUUGGCUGAGGUCCUUCCUAAUCUAGCUGAGUGUCAAAAGAUCCUCAAUGAUCAAGCUGGCUACUUAUUAUCUUGUGUGAGGUUACUGUCUCUUGAUGGAAGGUUAUUUUCAACCAAGGAACGUGAAGCCUUUCAGUCAGAAGUUGUUAGACUUGCCCAUAGUGAAAUGAAGGACCCUGUGCACCUUGAUGUGUCUUCAUUAAUUACAUUUUCUGGAAACCCAGGACCUCCAUUAGAAUUAUGUGAUGGGGAUCCUGGUACCCUUUCUGUGACUGUAUGGAGUGGUUUUCCGGAUGAUAUAACUCUUGAUUCAAUCAGUCUCACGUUAAUGGCAACAUUUAAUGCUGAUGAAGGCAUAAAGGCAUUAAAGAGUUCUUCAGCUAUUGUUCUGCACCCUGGUCGAAAUACUCUUACCCUGGAUUUACCACCACAAAAACCUGGAUCAUACGUCUUGGGAGUUCUUACUGGGCAGAUUGGGCAGUUGAGGCUCAGAUCUCAUAGUUUUUCAAAAGUUGGUCCUGCAGACAGUGAUGAUUUUAUGAGUUAUGAAAAGCCAGCUAAACACAUUUUGAAGGUUUCCAAACCAAGAGCUCUGGUUGAUCUUGAUGCAGCCUUUUCAUCUGCUUUGUUGAUUAAUGAAAAUCAAUGGGUUGGGAUAUCAGUACGACCUAUAAAUUACUCCCUCAAAGCUGCUGUCUUGCAUAUCGAUACUGGCCCAGGUUUGGAGAUUCAAGGCUCACAUGUGAUUGAGAUGGAAAGUUGUGCUGGUCUAUCACAGAAUGAAGAUAACCAUGUUCAAGGCGAUGGUGCUCAGAAAGGAUCUUUAAAUCCUGAGAAAAAAUUUGACCGUUUGAGUCUAGUAGAUGGGAAAAUAGAGUUUCCAGAUUGGGCAAGUGAUAUUCCUUCUAUUCUUUGGGUUCCAAUUCGUGCUAUCAGUGACAAGCUCAGCCGAGGAUCAUCUUCAGUUGCAACUAGGAGACAGAGCAUUGUGGACGGAAUGAGAACAAUAGCUCUGAAACUUGAGUUUGGAAUAUCCCACAAUCAGAUAUUUGAAAGGACUUUAGCAGUUCACUUCACAGAUCCUUUCUAUGUGACAACACGUGUUACAGAUAAAUGUCAUGAUGGUACCCUGCUUCUGCAGGUUACACUGCACUCAGAAGUAAAGGCUACGUUGACCAUAUAUGAUGCUUGGCUUGAUCUUCAAGAUGGAUUUGUUCAUACCGAUGGCGGCACUCCUAGUUUAAGCUUCUUUCCAUUAGUUAUAUCUCCUUCUUCCAAAGCAGGAAUUUUAUUCAGCAUAUGCCUUGACAAGGCAAAUGCAGAAGAAGCAGCUCAGGAGAAACCAGAAAGCAUCUUAAACAUCAAAUAUGGAAUUUCUGGCGAUAGAACCAUUGGUGCUCACCAACCGGUCUUGAAUGAAUCUUCUGGAGCCCACAGUUCUCAGGACUUGAUCUUCAGGAGUGCAAUUACUUUGCAGAGACCUGUGCUUGACCCCUGCCUAGCUGUUGGUUUUCUUCCUCUCCCUUCAAAUGGCCUCAGGGUUGGGCAACUAAUUACGAUGAAAUGGAGGGUUGAAAGAUUAAAAGAUUUGGAUGAAAUUGAAGCUUCCAAACACAAUGGUGAGGUGCUAUAUGAGGUGAAUGCCAAUUCUGAGAGUUGGAUGAUAGCUGGGAGGAAAAGAGGGCAUGUUUCUCUCUCCUCAAAACAAGGUUCAAGGAUCAUUAUAUCAGUAUUAUGUAUGCCACUGGUGGCUGGUUAUGUCCGUCCUCCUCAGCUUGGGCUGCCAGACGUUGACCAAACAAAUAUAAGCUGCAAACCGGCGGGGCCACAUCUGGUGUGUGUAUUGCCGCCGGCACUUAGCUCCUCCUUCUGUAUUCCAGUUAAUUCUUCGGCUUAGCAAUAGUUUUGUUCGAGGUUGGUUGAGUUCUUUUUUUUUUUUUUUUAAGGGAAGUGUUUGCUUUGUUACCCUUUUACACUGAUAAAGUGAAAAAGCCUCCAUGGUUGGAUUUGGUUUGCUUAGGGCUUGUAGGCAGUGUUAGGGUCGACCCUGUCCGUGUACAGUUUUAGUGCUCUUGUAUCAUAGAUAUGCACACAGUAACAUUCUUUUGUCUGGUGUAAAAGGAUUGUAGCAAUCAUGAAUAUUGAGGGAAAAAAAUUAUAAAUUUUGUGUGACUCUUGACAAGAGCUACCAAUUGGUGAAACAUAUUGAGUUACCAGCA